AUGUUCAGCCGGUUGAAAAGGUUGAUGGGGGCUCCUGAGCCCCCCCCUGCCCCAGCUCCAGCAGCAAAGGAAGAAAAACCUCCUGAAAAGAAGGAUGAAAAAGAGGAAGAAAAGAAAGAGGACAAAAAAGAAGAGGAAAAGAAAGAAGCAGCAGGGAAAGAGGGAGAACCUAAGAAGGAGGAGCCAGCUGCUCCGGCUCCGGCUCCUGCCCCGGCUCCUGCCCCGGCUCCUGCCCCGGCUCCUGCCCCGGCUCCGGCUCCGGCUCCGGCUCUGGCUCCGGCUCCUGCUCCGGCUCCUGCUCCGGCUCCUGCUCCGGCUCCGGCUGAUCCUGCCAAUCCAGAGGGGCCUGAGGGUGAGAAUGAGCCUCCUCCUCCUCCACCUGUUGUCUACUUUCGCUACACAGACGACACACUCAGAGAACUGAUCAAGAGGCUACGAGAGCGGACAGAGAUGCUCAAAGAGAAAGCCAUAGAUCCAUAUGCCACUUCUCCAGAAAUCACCCCACCUGUCACACCUAUUCUGAAGAAGGAGGACUACAUCAGGCUGAAGGAGGAGGAGCGGAUAGCAAAAGAAGAAGCGGACAAAAAGAAGGCAGAGGAGGCAGCAAAAAAGGCAGAGGAGAAGAAGAAGAAGGACGAGGAGAAAAGGCUGGAGGCCGAGAAGAAAGCAGAGGAGGAGAGGCUGGCGGAGGAGGCCAGGAAGAAAGCGAAGAUCCUCCCAGACAUCAGCUGCUCCUGCUUCGACGUCCUCUUCCGUCCCCUCGAGGAGAAGAUGGAUUCGAUUCUGGGAAACACCAUCGACCCUUUCACAGAUCGUCGCUACAUCGCCUGGUUGACUGUGGUAGCAGUGGCGUACAACUACAACGUCUGGUUCUGCUCUGCACGGUUGGCGUUUCCAUACCACAACGAAACCGCCAACUCCUACUGGAUUUUCUUUGAUGUUCUCAGCGACGUAGUGAAUGUUAUCGACAUCAUCGUUUGGCAGCCACGGCUUCAGUUUGUCAAAGCCGGCGACAUUAUCAAAGACAGAGCUCUGACGAAGGUCCACUAUCGGAAGUCUCAGCGGUUUAAGACGGAUAUGAUCAGCAUCCUCCCCUUCGACCUUCUCUGCCUGCAGUUUGGAUUCUCCACCAUCUACAGACUCAACCGCUUCGUCAGGAUCGAGUCUUUUUUCGAGUUCAGCGAUCGACUUGAGAGCAUCAUGGCCAAGGCUUACAUCUGGAGAGUGGCUCGUACCACAGGUUACCUGCUCUUCAUGCUCCAUCUCAACGCCUGCAUCUUCUACGUGGCCUCAGUGCACCAGGGUCUCGGAACGACCACGUGGGUGUAUGACGGAAAGGGCACGGCGUACCUGCGCUGUUACUACUUUGCUGUCCGCAGUCUGAUCAACAUUGGGGGUCUUCCAGAGCCUGUAACCACCUUUGAGAUUAGCUUUCAGAUGGCGAACUUCUUCAUCGGUGUCUUUGUGUUCUCCAGUUUGAUUGGACAGAUGAGAGACGUCAUCGGAGCAGCGACAGCAGGUCAGACGUAUUUUCGGGCAUCAAUGGACGGCUGUGUUGCCUACAUGAACACGUAUACAAUCCCCAAGCUAGUCCAGAACAGAGUCCGGACCUGGUACAACUACACAUGGGCCGCUCAGGGCAUGCUGGAUGAGUCUGAGCUGCUGGACAAGAUGCCUCUGGUGAUGAAAACCGCCAUCGCUGUGGACAUCAACCUGACCACCUUCCAGAAGAUCGCACUGUUUCAGGGCUGUGACCAGCAGAUGCUGGUGGACAUGCUGCUGAGGCUCAAGUCAAUCAUCUAUCUGCCUGGAGACUUUGUGGUGAAGAAAGGCGACAUCGGUAAAGAGAUGUACAUCAUUAAAAGCGGGGCGGUGCAGGUGGUGGGAGGACCUGACAACAGCAUCGUGUUCGUCACUCUGAAGGCCGGCUGUGUGUUUGGAGAAAUCAGUUUACUACAAUCUGCUAAAGAUGGAGGAAACAGACGCACCGCUAACGUCAAAGCACACGGCUUCGCUAACCUCUUUGUCCUGGAGAAGAAGGACCUGUUUGACAUCCUCGUCCACUACCCUGAGUCUCAGAAAGUCCUGGCCAGGAAGGGAAGGAAACUGAUCAAAGCCAAAGGUCCUGCAGCUGCUAAAACCAAUGAGGACAAGCCGAAAGGUCUCACGCUGUUUGGACAAAAACCACCGACGCCCAAGAUGAUCAAGGCUUUAGGCAACUUACGCAAAGGAGGCCUCAUGGACAAACUCAAGGUAAAGUCUCUGCACCGAUGCUGCUUCAUUCUCACCUGA